AGUAAGCUUUGUCCUGAUUUUCAACGUUGUGGCUAAAACCGUCAUUUCCAUGAUUGGGGAUUCCUCUGGUUCAGCGCGGCAGUUUUAUUUCAAAGGCUAGAAAUAAGCAGGGCGGCGAAAAAACAAUCAUUUACAGAUGUCCACGCCAUAAAAAGACUAAAAAAUCCCCUUCUCCCAUGCUUUUGGCUGUGUCUUUGAAAACAUUGCCAAAGAUCGCCACCUAACUUUCUUGCAUUUUCUCUUUUAUGUUUCAGCUUCAAUUGAGAUCACGGUGUUGCAUGAGGAAAAGAGAAACACUUGGAAUCUGAUAACAUUCCGAAGUUCGACAGCCCAAGGGACAAGAAGUUAAAUUCUGUUGGGCUUCUGUUGUUGCAGAACGAGAUAAAGCCGCGAAAAUUUUGUCCGUGAGACAAACCGCAAGACGAAUGUCGCCGGAGAAUCUACCCACAUUUCGGAGGAUCGAUUCAGAACUUUCUCUCAGGUUCAUUACACAAGGAGUUCGUGAAAACUCUGUUGAAAUCACAUACAUUCCUUGAAAGCGAUUGAGAAUUUACGUUUCCCCAGAUGAUUGUGGGUGCAGGAGGUUGGGUGGCCCUUAUGUUUUGUAUGAUCAGAACAAUUCAACAUACAUUGCUUUGAUGAACAAGUUAAGCCUUUUAGAAUAGUGGGGGAAAAGGUCGCAAUGGUCUGCAGAAUGAAGGCUAUGGUUUAUAGUUUCAUCAAAAUAUGAAUUAUUGACUUCUGGUCUCAUCUUCGAUCUUGUUUGGAGGGUGAGAAAUGGGGUCUGCUGGUGGUGAGGAGGUUAUGCGAGGACCGAGCGGCCGUGGAGAGAGGGUUGUUGUGUCAGUUCGGCUGCGACCUUUGAAUGAGAAGGAGAUUUCAAGGAAUGAUGCAUUGGACUGGGAAUGCAUCAAUGACACCACUAUAAUAUUCAAGAACCACCUUCCUAUUCCAGAGAGAUCAAUGUACCCAAGUGCCUAUACAUUUGACAGAGUAUUUAGGUCUGAUUCCACUACGAGGGAGGUAUAUGAGGCAGGAGCCAAGGAAGUUGCUCUUUCGGUUGUCAGUGGUAUUAAUUCAAGUAUUUUUGCUUAUGGACAAACAAGCAGUGGAAAGACAUUCACUAUGAGCGGAAUUACUGAGUAUACCAUGGCAGAUAUAUAUGACCAUAUAGAGAGGCACAAGGAAAGAGAAUUUCUUUUGAAGUUCUCUGCUAUGGAGAUUUACAAUGAAUCUGUCAGAGACCUUCUCAGCUCAGAUACUGCUCCGCUUCGACUUCUGGAUGAUCCAGAGAGAGGAACUAUUGUUGAGAAACUCACUGAGGAAACUCUGAGAGACUGGAACCAUCUAAUAGAGCUCCUUUCCCUAUGCGAAGCCCAGAGACAAAUAGGGGAGACCGCACUUAAUGAAACAAGCUCUAGAUCUCAUCAAAUUCUCAGACUGACAGUUGAAAGUUCUGCUCGUGAGUUUUUAGGCAAUGACAAUUCAAGUGUUCUUACAUCUACUGUGAAUUUUGUUGAUCUUGCUGGAAGUGAGCGUGCAUCUCAGUCAUUAUCAGCUGGCACAAGGCUGAAAGAAGGUUGCCACAUAAACCGCAGUUUAUUAACCCUGGGAACUGUUAUCCGUAAGCUAAGCAAAGGAAGAAGUGGACAUAUUCCUUAUAGAGAUUCAAAAUUAACCCGCAUAUUGCAGUCCUCCUUAGGAGGCAAUGCCAAAACUGCUAUCAUAUGUACUAUGAGUCCUGCAAGAAGCCAUGUUGAGCAAUCAAGAAACACCCUCUUGUUUGCGAGUUGUGCUAAGGAAGUGACUACCAAUGCACAGGUUAACGUAGUCAUGUCUGAUAAAGCAUUAGUGAAACACCUGCAGAGAGAAUUGGCUAGACUGGAGAAUUCAUUGAGAAGUCCAGAACCAACUUCUAUCUGUCUUGAUACUGCCACAUUACUGAGAGAUAAAGACCUUCAGAUUGAAAAGUUGGAGAAAGAGUUAAGAGAGCUGACUCUGCAACGAGAUCUUGCUCAAUCUCAAGUUGAGGAUUUACUGGGAGUCGUUGGAGAUGAUAGACUUCCAAUGAUAUGGGCAGAUAUGGAUGAUCACUACCCAAAAUUAAGAGUGAGGAGAUCAUGGGAAUCUGAAAAUCCAACAUCAGAGACAUUUGCUUUGGCAGAUGAUCAAACACCAGCUUCUGGUCUCAGAACAUUUGCUUUGGCAGAUGAUCAAACACCAGAUGUUGGUCUCAGAACAUGUGAUACAUCUCAGUACUCUGAUGGAAACAGUGUGGAUGAUUCUGACGACCACUAUCCACCACUUCCUGAAUCUGAAGAUAAUUUUCUUCACAAUGGUACAUCUGCACUGGUGUCAGUUAAUACCCCUAAUCAUGUUGCAAUUGAUCUGAGCUCACAGUGGGACAAGAUUGAAGAACAGAGUAAUGCAAACUCGGAGGAUCUUUGCAAGGAAGUCAGAUGUAUUGAGAUAGAGCAUUCAAUCAUGAAAAGAGAUAUAGAAUCUAAUACAUUGUCACCUGUAAGAGACACAGAUGCCUUAGAAUUGAAGGUGGUAAGGAAUGGAGAUGGAGCAAACCAGGAAUUUACUUCACCCCUGUUGAAGGAGGAUAAAGAGUUGAAUUGCAACCAGCGUACUGUGGUCAUUCCUUCUCCCCAAGAAUUCUCACCAUGGCUGCUGGAAAAGGAAAAUUCUAGUUGUAGAAGCUUGAAGUUAACAAGGAGUAGAAGUUGUAAAGCAAGUUUCAUGUAUUGCUCGUCUUCACCCUGGUUUGAGAAGGAAGAAAAGGACAAGUACACACCAUCCAAUGUGUUUGAGAAAGACUUUAUAGGAAGACCUGAGGGGUUCCAAAAGAAACUUGCUUCAUUAAAUUAUGAUACUGAAAUUGACAAGCUAUCAAGGAAAGGUGGUCAAACUUUCAGAGGGAGUUCCUCUGUAGAUCAACUCAAAGAACAAGUUGUCACAACUUCAACUGAUGAGGAUGUUACCAGCCUCAACACUUAUGUUGCAGGACUAAAGGAAAUGGCCAAGUUUCAGUAUGAGGAACGACUUGCUGAUGAUCAGGAGUCAGAACCAGAAGCCAACAAAUCUGUAAAGAAUGUAAAAGAUGUUGGUUUGGAUCCAAUACAAGAUGAUUUGGCAAGUCCUUCAAGAUGGCCUUUCGAAUUCAAGAGACUCCAAAAAGAGAUUAUUGAACUCUGGCAUUCUUGCAAUGUGUCCUUGGUUCAUAGAACGUACUUCUUCCUACUGUUUCAAGGGGAUCCAGCAGAUUCCAUUUACAUGGAGGUAGAGCUUAGAAGGCUAUCCUUCCUCAAGGACACAUUCUCUCGGGGUAAUCAGACUGUAGUUGAUGGUCACGCUCUCACCCCCGCCUCAAGCGUGAGAGCACUUCGUCGUGAGAGGGAGAUGCUGUGUAAGCAAAUGCAGAAAAAGCUAUCAGAAGAUGAGAGAAUGAGCCUCUUCCUUAAGUGGGGUGUCCAGCUGAAUGCAAAGAAUAGGAGACUACAGUUAGCCUACCGCUUGUGGACUGACACAGAGGACAUGAACCACAUUUCAGAGAGUGCCAAUAUUGUUGCAAGGUUGACGCGGUUUGUACAGCCAGAGGAGGCCUUCAAGGAGAUGUUUGGGCUCAACUUCACGCCCAGGCGCAUGAGUAGGAGAUCCCAUAGUUGGAAACUUAACAUUAAGCCAUUCUUGUAAGCUUGUGGCCAUCCCCAUUUAGAAAAUACUUUGUCGUUCUGUAAAAGUAUAGGUGAUUCUAAUUUUAUAGCUCUCUACUUUGUAUAUUCUGAUUUUGAUUGCAAUUGAUUGUAUUUUUUUCCCUUGGUAUGCUUCCUGCUUUUGCUGUAAGGUAGGUUCUCUAAUGCUAAUAAUCAAGGUGGAAACGAAUUAUGUAAUUCCUCUGAGAAAUAUAUCAUUGGUAAGCUAUUCUACAA